AUGGAGGCCGCCACACACUCUCCAGGGGAUGAACGCAAAGACGUCCCCAAGGCAAUGAACAGCCUCGAUCACAGCCUGCAUGAAAAGAAUGACAGCGAGCAGGCCUUGACCUCUGAGCUCAUCUCCGCUGGCUCGGAACACCUCCAACGGCAACUAGGUGGAAAGGAAAUCCAGCUGUUGGCGGUAGGUGGCGCUAUUGGAACGUCUCUAUUCGUACAGAUGGGCGCAAGUCUACCGAAGGGUGGCCCGGCAGGCCUUUUCUUGGGCUUUGUUGUUUAUGGGACCGUCAUCUGGUGUGUCAACCAAUGCUUCGCCGAAAUGGUUACCUACCUCCCGAUCGCUUCCCCCUUCAUCCGCCUGGGUGGAUUUUGGGUGGAUGACGCCUGGGGGUUUGCGAUGGGCUGGAACUACUUCUUCCUUAUGGCAUUUGCCAUCCCGUAUGAAAUAACGGCGAUCAAUGUUCUUCUCACCUACUGGACCGACAAAAUUCCGGUGGUCGCGGUUGUGAUGGUUUGCUUGGUGAUUUUUGCGGGGCUCAACGGGCUCGCAGUCCGGUACUUUGGAACUGCUGAAUUUUACCUGGCCAUAUUCAAGGUCUUCCUUAUGAUAGGACUCAUUUGCUACACUUUUGUCACCAUGGUUGGUGGCAAUCCGGAGCACUGGGCCUAUGGGUUUACCUACUGGAAAACCCCCGGCGCGUUUGUCGAGUACCUCGCUCCUGAAAACACCGGACGCUUUCUCGGAUUUGUUUCUUGCGUCAUUCAGGGCUCCUUCACUAUGGUUGGUCCUGAGUUCAUCUCCAUGACAGCUGGCGAGGCAGAGAACCCUCGUAAAUUAAUGCAUCGGGCUUUCUCCUCUUUUGUCUGGCGUCUCCUCAUCUUCUUCAUUGGCGGCGCUCUCUGCGUCGGGAUUGUCAUUCCUUACAAUGACCCGCUUUUGCUCAAAUAUAUCAAUGGAGAUGAGGGCGGCACUGGAGCUGCUUCUCCUUACGUCAUUUCAAUGGUCAACUUUGGAAUCAAAGGACUUCCAUCUCUGGUCAACGCUCUGAUCAUGACCUCCGUUCUUUCUUGUGGAAACAACGUUGUUUAUUCGGCGAUCCGUACACUUCAUGGCCUAGCAGCGGACGGCAAGGCGCCCGCGAUAUUUGCCAAGUGCAAUAGGUUCGGUAUCCCGGUCUACUCAGUCAUCGCGGCGCUUGCGUUCUGCCUUCUUUCCUUGCUGCAGCUUGGCAAUGCCUCUGCCACUGUCCUCGACUGGCUGGUGGGAAUAUGCACUGCAUCAUACAUGAUCAACUACUUCUCCACAGUAGUGACGUACCUGCAUUUCUACGCCGCUCUCAAACGCCAGGGUAUCGACCGAAACACUUUGCCAUACCGGGGAUACUUUCAGCCCUAUGCGGCGUACUAUGCUGCGGUGAUGACAUUCGUUGUGGCCUUGGUCCUCGGGUAUACCGUCUUCAUUGAUGGCCAUUGGGACAUCUCGACGUUCUUCACCUCUUAUCUGAUGAUUGGGUUUUCCAUCGUGGCUUUUGUGUUCUGGAAGCUCUUCAAGCGGACACGCUAUGUUCGGCCGGGAGAGGCGGAUCUUCAGCUUGGAGGCAUAAAAGCCCAGAUUGACCUCUAUGAGGCAUUGUACGAGGCGCCGACGAGAGGCAAGGUUUCGGGUUGGCUCAACAGCUGGUUCGAGUAG